AUGCCUCGCCCGGUGGCGGCAGCAAACACGGCGACGAUGCUGUUUUUGCAGGUCCUGGCCUGGCUCGUCGCCCCGGCCGUCGGCAGCGGAGACGCAAUCGGGAUGGCCGUCGCCGUCGAGGCGUCCAACGACAACGGCGGCAGCAGCAACAACUGCCCGGCCCACUACUACAGCUGCGCCAGCCAAGGCUCGCAGUUUGACGGCAUCUGCUGCCCGUAUGACCAGGUCUGCGCGCUGGCCGGAGACAGUCGGCCGGCCUGCUGUCCAUUGGGUGCCGUCUGUACCGGCAACGCACCCUCAACCUACGUCACCACCACGGCCGCCGCUUCGUACGUGCCCAAUGGCUUCUACUCGUUUCCAUACCUGCUGCCGGCCGGCAUCGCCGCCACGACGGCACUGGCCGACAACAAUGCCUGCGCUGCGGUCGUACAACAGUGCAUCCGGACCUUUUCGCAGUGCACAUCGGCCCUCGAGAACAGCGGCAUUAGUAGUGGGUCGAACAAUGUUGGCCCGGGUGGCGAUGGCGAUGGCGAUGGCGGUGCCAUUACGGUGGUGGUCGCCGGAUCGACGACGAUUACAAAACGGGGUGUGCUGCCCACCGAGGCUGCCGGUGUGAAACGGGCCAUCAUUGGCAACCCGACCACGACGCUGGCGGCUGCGUCGGCGGCCGGCGUCUGCAGCAGUCUGAGCAACCAGGCGUGCGGUGGCUUGCCGUCCGAUACGGCUGGGUGCUCGACUCUCUUCUCCGGUCGAGCAGCACAGACUGGAUUCUCGACGGGUAACGACACCACACGGCAGAGAAGCCUGCCGUCGUUGGGGGCAGUUGUUGCUGUUGCGGCUGUAGUAGGCACGGCGAUGAUGAUAUUAUGA